UCAUGAGAAAGCAAGAUAUUUGGCGUUUUAUUUCAAAGGAAUUUGGUCACGAUGUGCGCUCAAUGGUGUUUACUGUCUAAUUUCGGAACGAUUGAGGUCGGGAAAAAUUGGACCUGGAAAGUGAAUGGAACGUUGGUGUAUAAGGUGUUGUUCAUUGUCGUACCAGAAACGUAUCAUGGCGCAAUGAACUCCAACAACGAGACGUAAAUCUAACCUCAGUAACGAUCCAUGUUUAUUUGAGGGAUAAAUAAUGAUUCAGUUUGAGAACAAGAAGCCUGGAGUGAAGGACUCAUACAAGUGGACGCUAGGACUAUCCCUAAUCUUUUCAUGGACGAGACGUGCUCAACAUCAUGACCUCCAUUAUUUGCGAGUGGUUCUUCAACGGCGUUGACCCAAAAGGUCAUUGAGCGGAAUUUCAUUCCGUUCAGGGCCAUAUUACUUUCAGUUACCCAAGAAUAGAUUAUUUCUAGGUCCUUUGCAAGGCUAGUGCAAUCUUGGUCAUUCACACUAGAAACUAACUUUGUAUCGUCGGCAUAGGAAGAGAGACUGGCCGUAAUAUUAUGCUUUUGAACCGGGGCAGUGAACAUUAUAAAAAGGAGGGCCCGAGGAUGGAGCCCUGGGGAACACCUGACUUGACAUCAUGUCUGUCACUAAGAGAUCCCUCGACCUUAACAAUUUGCUUCCUAUCAUAAAUGAAAUUUCUUAUCCAAUUGAGAACCUUGUCUUGGAUCCCAAUGUCAUGAAGUCUAUUCAAUAAAAGGCCAUCAUCUAUUUUAUCAAAGGCCUUGGCAAAGUCAAGAUAGACAACAUCAACUGACUCGUGUCUUUCCAGUCGCUCAAUGACCUGCUCUAAAUGUUCAAUCAGUUGGGUAACCGUGCUAAAAUGUGCUCGGAGCCCGUGCUGGCUAGGACUUCAUGGACUGCAACAAAUUCCACAAGUCUCAAACACCUCCCCAAUAUUUGAAGUGGUUCAUGUGAUGUGUCCAUUUGCCAUUGCGAGAACCCAUUAUGCGAUUGGGGUCACCUCCUUUUCAUUGUUGAAAGUAAAGAAGUCUAAAAGUCGACAGACAUCAAACGAUAACACCAAACCAAGGGAAAUGGAGAUGAGUCAAAUUACAAUUUAAACUGAAAUCAAUGCAAAACUAGUGAAAAAAUGUAAAGCAACGUUGAAGCAACAGCAUAUUAUCCAGGUUCCGAACAAAGUACGCAAAUCCUUCCUGUUGACUGAUAUCAGAGAGUAAAUUGACACCUUCGUUGAACAUCAACGGCAAUACGACACAGGUUUGAUUCUUAACCUACCUUGACUGCUUCAUUUAUCAAAACUAAGCAAUCACGUACAAUCAAGUAUUUUACUUUCAAAUGUCCUCACCUAUCUACGUUAUGUUGGCAAACUGAUAAGUGAUAAUGCUUGACUACUUCCUCGAACACCCUCAUUUUUCGGAAUCUGGGUAUUGGGUUACUUACCCCUGAAAAACUGCCACGUGGACAGUUAGAAAUCGGUCGAAUUUGAUAUUCUAUUGUAAAAAAAUGAAAGAUGUUUCAGUAUUCGAAGAUUGCCAGCCAGCGUGUUUAUACUUCACUUUCGAGUACUGGGCAAAAUAAGAAAUUAUAAACAUUCGUUUUGAAAUAUUGGCGGCAACAGAUAUGUCGACUUUUUCAAGGGCUGUCCAAUUCCGACGCAAUAUUUCACUUGCGUUUGAACUCCAUUUUAGCAUCACUCACGAUGAGAAGUAAAUGAAGAUAAGUGACGACAGAUUUGCAAACAAUUUUCAGGUCGGUCCAUACUGCCCAAAAUUCAAAUGCUUCGAAGUUGAUGUCUCAAGAGUGUUCUUUUGUCUUUCGUCACGUAUAUUGAACUUUUCACGACCGUUGUGCCCUAAUCUCUCACGAAAGGAAGUUAGACGAGCAACCCGAUGGAACUCUUAAAGAAAAAAAGAACAGUUUCACCAUUAACCAAUAUCAAGAGAAUAUCCUGAGUUAAAUGGCUCAAUAGUUUGUGUUGAGAAAGCAUUCCUUCAAGUUUUUUCUAGACAAGCCACUGAAACUACAGGGGUCACCAGGAAAAUCGAGAUUAUGUCCAUGUCACGUCUUAAUCAUACACCAACGUAGUCAUCAUCGAAGAAUGACAGCCAUUGUUAUUGAUUCCUUUUGAAGCUGACGUAUUUCCAAUGAACAUUGCGCACAUUACAGAAACUUGAACGUAUAAGUUCCAAAUGGUUCAAGCUUCAUAUUGAUAAACGUAUGAUCGCAUUUGUGAUUAGUCGUGGUAAAUUAUUUUAGUUGCUCUUUUUGACGAGCUAUCGAUCAUUUGGGUACAGCAUAAUCAAAUAAAUGCUUGUCUAAUUUCUUUUGGUGUUUUGAUAUCCACAAGCUCAAUAAUUAGGGACCAUAUGUCGAGGGGGCUCGUAAGUGCUACACUAUCAUUAGACUUACUGGAUAUCGGUCUUCCAUAAUAAUAUAAGAAGAGUAGGUCUUGAAGUCAGUUUGCGAGAGUUCUCUUUGUGCGUAGCAUGAGUAAAGACCAGAAAGGGUAUCAAGGAGUAUUGAAGCUACUCUUGCACCCCUUGCUCAAGGUAUCACGAUGGAUCUUCAUCUUGGGUUGCUUUGGAUUCGUCAUGUCCGGAUGGUAUCGCUCAGUGACCAAAUAUAUGGACGGGAAGACCUCGGUUAGCAUCACUGUUAACGAGUCCGAAAAGUUUAGCCUGCCUUCCAUCACUUUUUGUCCCAAGUUCCGACAUGAGUCAAAUUUGAUGAUCAAGAUCAUGGACCACUAUUACGCCAAGACCAAUGGAUCCAUUGAGAACGCAACCCUCGAGGAUGACGUCUUGAAUUCAACCAUUGAUGCCAUAAGUUAUCGCAGGCACGAGUUUUUGUCUCUGUUCACUCAUCCGGAAUACGGGGGUCCUUCAAGAGCUGGAGACCUUGUUCCCCAUGACUCAUUUUGGGUGGAAUCCAUUCCUCACCAAGAACUUUCCGGAAAGUGCUACACUUACGAUUCUCCUUUCAAGUCAUUGCCCGGGAAAUGGUACGGAUUGCGAUUGGGGAUCAAAUUUCGGGAUGAAUUCGAUUUGGCUGGGAAAAAGAGGCGCUUGGCGGAUUUGAGCAUUAUUUUGCAUGAUCGGAACCAGUUCCACUUCUUCAAUCAGGACAAUAUGCCAAGUUCCAAUAUCAUUGAUAACUCCUUGCUCCGUUACAAGAAUGAGAACUCAAUCAGGAUCAAAUAUAGUCGAUCGACACAUAUGAGUUCGAAGAACAGACAAUGCACCUCAGACCCACAAUACUCUUUCAUGAAAUGUGUUGAGGAGUUCCAUGUCAAAAAGAGAGGUUGCCAAGCGCCGUGGCUGUUCUUUCCGGAGUUCGAAUAUCCAAUGUGUCGAAAGAUAAUUGAGAUGCCUGGGAAGUUCUAUAGAACAAGUGAUGAGCAGGAUUGGAGCCGACCGUAUUGGUCCAAAAUUGAGAAGGUUAUGAAGACUGGAUGCCCACAGCCUUGUACCGUGUCAAAUUAUGAUUUCCAAUAUUCAUAUGUGGACAAGAUAGAUCAUGGACUUGAUGACGACGCAGAUUGGGUGAUAUAUUUGUGGUUUCAAAAUUUCUUAUUCAAAUAUGAAGAGGAGUACGAAGUCUGUGAUGCCACCUGUCUUAUUGGUGAACUCGGUGGAAAUCUGGGCUUCUUUUUGGGCGGAUCAUUGCUUAGCUUUUUUGAUGUAUUUGUUUUUAAGAUCCUCUCAUUGGAUACUUUCUAGACAUUCAUUCUACAAGGGCGGACGGGACCAGAAUUGAUUUUUGGAACAAGGAUUAAGUGGAACAUCUCAUCGAUAUGCGCUAGAAACCUCCUUUCAACAGAGGAAAAUAAAUGCAUACCAUUCUUUGUUUUGCUCACUACAGGUGCAGAAUUCGCCUGUACGUGGUCGUUGUUUACAAGUUCGAGAGAUGAACCCGGAGACUGCGUUCUAGGGGGGCCAUAACAUCCAGACCCCCAUAUUCGGACAGGAUCCAGAACUUCAACCAGAUUUGAUGCCACCUUACGUUACGAACCUGUCGA